CCCCCAUAUAGAUAUUUUGUUGACCACCAUGUCCUUCCAUAAGACCAAGAAAAUGAAACUCUAUUGCUGUUAACUGUUCACGUAUUACUGAUAAGAGCCAGGCUGAACCAGUUGCAGUAUUUCCAACCUGAAAAGUGGCUCAUCAAUCUACCAGUUUCAGAGAGAGCUGACUCCAACAUAGAUAGAUGUUCCAGAGGCCUCCAACAGCAUCCUCUACUUUGUGGGAACCGUCUCCGAAAGGUGCUUGCCUCAGUACCAUAGAUUUCAAGCCGCCUCAAUUAUCAACUGCGAGUUCAUAUAAUCUUGGCUUGAAGUUUGAGCAUGGAAAGCUUCGUAAAGGGGGAAGUACAUGCAGAACCAUCUACUCUGUCAGUAGGAAGCCCAGUGUAGAACCAACUUUCAGGAAGCGAGAUGCAUCUCCCCAAAAUGAGGAUCUUCCAGCUGUACUACCUAAGCAAAAGAAAAAACCAUAUCCCAUUCCCUUAAAGAAGAUUAAGCAGGCUGCAAAGGUGAACAAAAAACUUGCAGAAAAGGGUAUAGAAAAGCCACUCGACCCUCCAAAAAAUGGAUUACUUGACCCUGAUCUAAUUCCUGUUGCUCAUCAAGUACUGCAUGCCUGGAAAGCUUUGAUUAAGGGCCUCGCACAGCUGUUGCAUGUUAUUCCAGUAUAUGGUUGCCUUGAAUGCUCUGAGGUCCAUGUAGCCCAGUCUGGCCAUCACAUUCAGGACUGUCUUGGUCCAUCAAAUGCUACACGCCGAAGCUUCCACUCAUGGAUGAAGGGUUCAAUCAAUGACGUACUUGUACCCAUUGAAGCAUAUCAUCUCUACGAUCCUUUUGGUCGGCGCAUUAAGCAUGAAACUAGAUUCCAAUAUGACAGGAUUCCAGCAGUUGUGGAGCUGUGCAUCCAAGCUGGUGUGGACAUACCCGAGUACCCUUCACGCCGAAGAACCAAACCCAUCCGAAUGAUCGGAAAGAAAGUGAUCGAUCGGGGUGGAUUUGUUGAGGAGCCUGAGCAAUGGCAUGCUGCAAAUCCAUCUUCACUUGCUAUUGCUGAUCUUGAUACACAUGGGGCUUCUGAACGGUUUGCACCUCCACUGUCAUCAGAUAUUCCUAAGAUUGCACAGGAGACACUAGAUGCAUAUGAAACUGUCAAGUCUGGAGUGACAAAGCUGAUGAAGAAAUGCAGUGUGAAGGCAUGUGGGUAUUGCCCGGAGGUUCAUGUAGGACCUUGGGGUCAUAAUGCAAAGCUGUGUGGAGAAUUCAAGCACCAAUGGAGGGAUGGAAAACAUGGUUGGCAGGAUGCUACCGUGGACGAAGUUUUCCCUCCAAAUUAUGUAUGGCAUGUCAAAGAUCCCAAAGGGCCUCCAAUGAAGGGUGGUGCGCUCAAGAAGUUCUACGGGAAGGUGCCAGCAGUGGUAGAGCUGUGCUUGCAAGCAGGUGCUCAGAUUCCUGAGAAAUACAAGCCCAUGAUGAGGCUUGACAUUGUAGUCCCUGAAAUUGAUGAAGCACAGUUAGUUGCAUGACAUUGUAUAGUGUAGCAUGCGUAACAUGUAGAUGUAUUUUUAGUUUCUUGGACCAGGUUUCUCCGAAGCGCACACAUGCCAAGAGCGUCGAGGAAAACAGAAUAUUGUUCUUGCUUUGUUUUUGGGUCAGAAUUUAAAAUCUUGGCAUUUGUAACUCAAGAAAUUAUUGGCGCAGAGUACAACAGGGGAAGACAUUUAUAUAUUUAUAA